CUGAACAGUCUGCGUUCGCCUUCUAGAGAAGCUUCAUUAAACGGGCAGCAUCGGCAGAGAAGAGAAAAAAAUAAAGAAAAUUAAGAAAAAAGAGAGUAACUCCUCUCGAGGAGAGACUUGCGUGAGUCACGAGCCAAGGAAAGUGACAAGAGCUUAAAAAAAUGCGAGUCUGAAGGAAACUAAAGAAUACAAAAAAAAAAAAGAGAAAAAAAGAAAAAAUUAAAAAGACAGUCGCUCAAUUACGAAGAUACGUAUCUUACAAGAAAUCAUUGUCGUGUCGACUGGAAAAAAGGAGAAAAAAGAAAAAAGUUACCUUCGUGCGCGACUCGUGCAAGUGAUCGGCAAGUCACUUCAGCCUGAAGUUUCCCAAUGCUUAUACUGACACGUAUAUACGUAUAUACAGGUGUCGGAAGGCGUAUCGCUAAUUGCGAAAAAAAAAAUAGUGGCAGGCAUCGUUAGUCGUUCAUAGUUAACAGAAGAAGACGGUACGCGUCGCUUUGAACGGAAGAAAUUUUUCGAGACGGAAACAAUUUUUUUUUUUAAUCCAACGGUCCAAAUUUUUCUUUUUGUCAAAUCAUAAAGUGCACUCCUACUUUUUAUAUCCCUUGACGAGGAUCAUUCACGUGGUGCUUUACGACUGGAGUCGAAAGUGCUUCGUGUGAUCCUUCUCCGAGGAUCCAGGAUCAAUAUCGAUCAUCGCUACGCGCGAGCGUUUCUGAUAACGAAAUUGGUCCAUUGACGGAAUAUCAUUGUUAUUAUCGAUGAGAGUUUAAUCAUCCAUAUCACGGAUCGUCAGCCGAUACUCCAGCUCGUCCAAAUGUUGCAACCCCCUUCGACUUUACUCGAGAUGGCAUCGCUCCGACUACCGGAUUCUGAAGAAUUUGACGUUGACUCUCGUCGUAGGACCAAUGGAAAUAACGUACUGACGACUGUCAAUCCCUCUAUCAGUAAUUUCAUUGUGAAUUUCAAGAACGACCUUGGCGAUUACAUCAACAGUUCCUUGGCGGAGGUUGCCACCAUAAGUCCAAGAUCCACAAUGGAGGAAUCUGGUGGACUUUUAAAUUCCAGUGACAACGGCAAUCUGUCGAUCGAUCAGAUGCCUGAUCGUCUUUAUAGGCACAGUAUAGCCAUGACAGCUGUAUAUUGUGUCGCUUACGUGCUGGUAUUCGUUGUCGGACUUAUCGGUAAUAGUUUUGUUAUCGCCGUUGUGUAUCGCUCGCCGAGGAUGAGGACCGUCACCAACUUCUUCAUCAUGAACCUCGCCGUGGCCGAUGUACUUGUCAUCGUAUUUUGUUUACCUGCUACACUCAUGAGCAAUAUCUUCGUUCCAUGGAUCCUGGGAUGGUUUAUGUGCAAAACCGUUCCAUAUAUACAGGGUGUUUCAGUAGCUGCCUCUGUGUACAGUCUUGUUGCAGUUUCGUUAGACAGGUUCCUGGCGAUCUGGUGGCCGUUCAAGUGUCAAAUAACAAAGCGACGAGCGAGAGUGAUGAUCGUGGCAAUCUGGUUCGCCGCCCUGACCAUAACUUCGCCCUGGCUGCUCUACUUCGAUCUGGUGCCGAUCUACGCCGACGAGCCGGAUUUGAAAUUGUGCUUGGAAAAGUGGCCGCGUCAGGAAAACGAGACCAUGUUCUUCCUGAUUGGGAACUUGAUGCUCUGUUACGUCUUACCGAUGAUACUGAUCUCCCUCUGCUACAUCCUGAUAUGGAUCAAAGUAUGGCGACGUCACAUCCCGACUGAUACGAAGGACGCGCAGAUGGAGAGGAUACAGCAGAAGUCGAAGGUCAAGGUCGUGAAGAUGCUCGUGGCCGUAGUAAUACUCUUCGUCCUCUCCUGGCUGCCGCUCUACAUUAUUUUCGCAAGGAUCAAAUUGCGAGGCAAGACGCCCGUUUGGGAGGAGGAAAUCUUGCAGAUAGCGACUCCGAUAGCUCAGUGGCUCGGCUCGAGUAAUUCCUCGAUAAAUCCGAUACUCUAUGCUUUCUUCAAUAAAAAAUAUCGACGCGGCUUUAUGGCCAUUCUCAAGAGCGGAAGAUGCUGCGGGAAGCUGCGCUACUACGAGACCGUAGCCAUGAUGUCAUCUUCCACCAGCAUGAGGAAGUCCUCGUACUACGUCAAUAAUAACAAUUCCUCGACAAGGAGGACCUGCCACGGUCCACCGGUACAUCAGGACAGCAACGUAUCUUACAUAUUUAAUCAGACCGGCGUCUAAGAGCAAUCUGACCAAGUUCCAGGAAUCAAGUAAGACCUCGCAAGCCGUGCGCCUCUUAAUCGAGGAUCGAAAAAUACCCAGGCGGGUUUAAGAGCCGCUCCGAGAUAUAUUGUUGGUCGCGUAUGAUCGUUGGAUUGUUGCUCGGAGUCGGAAGCCAUUAUCGUGAUUUGAUUACGAGGAUAAUCAAAUAAAGUUACCUAUAUAUGAAUUUAUAGGGAAUUCAUGACUUUUGACGCAGUUUAAUCAUAAUUUUGAUGAUGAUGAUCGAUGAUUACUAUACUCAUUGGAAAGGCAUCGGAGUCAUGAUCUAAGAUUGAUAGUUCACUCGAGGGUCUUAAUUAAUAGGAUCCUUAAUUAGUAAUUAAUUAUACACACACUCACUAUGUAUACACAUACACAUUAAUUAUUCUUGCUAAGGUUUAAUAACGUUAUAUUAUUGUACUAUCAUACGUUACGCACAUAACGUACAAAUGACUCCGGAGUAUAACGAUAUGACGCUUGUGAUAAGAGAGUGGAUACACUUUUCUUUUUUUUGGAAGCAAAAUAAGAAAAAAUUUUAUUCUGUAUUCCGCGAUCGUGGAAAUUAAAUUGCUCGACGAUUCCACUAGUCACCAGACUUGACGCUUCGAUGACACGGGCUGUCAAAAAAAAAAAAAAA